UAUGACACGCAAGCUUAGAAAUUGAGCGAACUGUAAUUAUGUAAAUGCUUUAUAUAUAUGAUCUUGCACGGUUGCUAGGUAGUCUAGAUUCAUUUGCAGGUAAUGGUGACUGUUAGAUGUUAGAAAAGAAUUCUGGACAUUACAUAUUUAGCCUUGAAAUUCUUAUAAAAUGUGAGCGUUAGCAGUAUUAAGUGCUUCUGAAGACCGAAAGGCUUCCAAUAAAAUGAGAUCCGAAAUAACCAGCUAUGAGCACCGGAGUCAGAUCACUAGCUAGCAAGAAGUUGCACAUGUGUAGCAGGGGUAAGCAUGAAUGAACUGAAGGUCACCUUCAGUGGAAGCGAACAAUUGAAGUCAGAAUAGGAGGGUUCGCAACUGUAUAUGCUUCAAAGAACAUAUGGUGUACUUCAAUAAUCUAACCGAUAAUAAUCAGAGUGUGGUUAAAACGUUAUUGAUUAGAUGCGAAACAGUUCUGUGUGACGGCUGAGCGAGUUCACCCAGUCACGCUGAACUUUUCUUCUGGACUCCCACUCGUAUUUUUAACGGAUGAGAUCGUCCGUUCCGCGACCCGGAAGAGGAAAUCGCGCCUCGGUUAAAGUCAUGGUGCAUGUAUGCCGAGAAGGUUACACUAAACAUACAGAAGGAGUCCUCAGGCGGGGCAUAGUGCAGGCAAGGCUAUGACGAAUGGAGAAGUGGCCCACAAUCCUUCUGAGCAGGUUGAGUCCAAACAGGAUGGAGGUGGGGACAUGGAGCCAGGCGAGGACCCCAAUGAACAGGAAGUCAUUGUGAUUCAAGACACAGGAUUCACUGUCAAGAUCCAGGCUCCUGGGACGGAGCCCUUUGACCUCCAGGUGUCACCUCAGGAGAUGGUGCAGGAGAUCCAUCAGGUGUUGAUGGACCGUGAGGACACCUGCCACCGCACCUGCUUCUCCCUGCAGCUGGAUGGCAAUGUGCUGGACAACUUUGCUGAGCUGAAGUCCAUCGAGGGCCUCCAGGAAGGCUCUGUGCUGAAAGUAGUGGAAGAACCAUACACUGUGCGCGAGGCCCGAAUCCACGUGCGGCAUAUCCGGGACCUGCUGAAGAGCCUCGAUCCCUCAGAUGCCUACAAUGGGGUGGACUGCAACUCCCUCUCCUUCCUGAGUGUCUUCACUGAUGGGGACCUGGGGGAGAGUGAGAAACGCAAGAAGAAAGGCAGCGAAUUGGAGCAGAUUGACUGCACCCCCCCAGAGCACAUCCUCCCUGGCAGUAAAGACAGGCCACUGGUGCCCCUGCAGCCACAGAACAAGGACUGGAAGCCCCUGCAGUGCCUGAAGGUCCUGACAAUGAGCGGCUGGAACCCCCCACCAGGCAACAGGAAGAUGCAUGGUGACCUCAUGUACCUGUACGUGGUGACGGUGGAGGAGAAGCACGCCAGCAUCACCGCCUCCACUCGAGGAUUCUACCUCAACCAGUCCUCCACCUACACCUUCAGCCCUAAGCCUGCCAACCCGAGCUUUCUGAGCCACUCACUGGUGGAGCUUCUUAGCCAGAUCAGCCCGACCUUCAAGAGAAACUUCACCGCCCUGCAGAAGAAAAGGGUCCAGAGACACCCCUUUGAGAGAAUAGCCACCCCCUUCCAGGUGUACAGCUGGACCGCGCCACAGGUGGACCACGCCAUGGACUGCGUGAGGGCGGAGGACGCCUAUACCUCCCGCCUGGGCUACGAGGAACAUAUACCUGGACAGACGCGUGACUGGAACGAGGAGCUGCAGACCACCCGAGAGCUUCCCCGUAAGAACCUGCCUGAGCGACUCCUCAGGGAACGGGCCAUCUUCAAGGUGCACAGUGACUUUGCUGCAGCAGCCACACGCGGGGCGAUGGCGGUGAUCGACGGCAACGUGAUGGCUAUCAAUCCCGGUGAGGAGACCCGCAUGCAAAUGUUCAUCUGGAACAACAUAUUCUUCAGCCUGGGCUUUGAUGUGAGGGACCACUACCGGGAGCUGGGCGGGGACAGCGCCGCGCACGCCGCGCCCACCAACGACCUGAACGGCGUGCGGGCCUACAGCGCCGUGGACGUGGAGGGCCUGUACACGCUCGGCACGGUGGUGGUGGAUUACCGCGGCUACCGGGUCACUGCCCAAUCCAUCAUCCCCGGCAUCCUGGAGCGCGAGCAGGACCAGAGUGUGAUCUACGGCUCUGUCGACUUCGGCAAGACCGUCGUCUCUCAUCCCAAGUACCUGGAGCUUCUGGAAAAGACCAGCCGGCCUCUGAAGGUGCAGCAGCACGCCGUGCUCAACGAGAAGGGUGCGGCCGCCGAGCUCUGCUCCUCUGUCGAGUGCAAGGGCAUCAUCGGCAAUGACGGGCGGCACUACAUCCUGGACCUGCUACGCACCUUCCCUCCUGACCUCAACUUCCUGCCCGUGGAGGGCGAGGAGCUGCCCGCCGAGAGCAGGCGACUGGGAUUCCCCCGGCACCACCGGCAUCGGCUGGCCUGCUUGCGGCAGGAACUCAUCGAGGCCUUCGUGGAACACAGGUACCUCCUCUUCAUGAAGAUGGCCGCGCUGCAGCUCAUGCAGCAGAAGGCCAGCAAAGAGGGCGGGACACUGGCAGCGGUGCCCGAGGUCCCUCUGGGGGAAGCUGGUGCUUCCGGGACACCCCUGCCGGACUCGUCCCAGGUCGCUGCCGUCAACGGAUCUGCCGGGCCGGCAGUGGAGAACGGGGAGUGCCAGAGUCCGCUGGAGGAUCCUAAGAGCCGUGAAGUGGUGCUCAAUGCCUGCAAAGCCGUGGGCUCCGUCAGCAGCACCUCGUUUGACAUCCGCUUCAACCCAGACAUAUUCUCCCCGGGGGUCCGUUUCCCUGACGACAGUGCGGAAGACAUAAGGAAACAGAAGCAGUUGUUGAAGGAUGCUUCUGCCUUCAUGGUGUCCUGUCAGAUCGACUCCCUGGUAAAAGACUGCUUGGACCAUACUGCCCUGCCCAUGGACGGUGCCACGCUCACAGAGGCCCUGCACCAGCGGGGCAUUAAUGUCCGCUACCUGGGCACUGUGCUGGAGGUGGUGGGCAAGGCCAUUGCCAAGGGCCAGCUGGACCACAUCUAUAGGAUUGGAAUUACAGAACUGAUCACCAGGUGUGCAAAGCACGUCUUUAAAACAUACCUGCAGGGCGUGGAGCUGUCUGCCCUCUCCGCGGCCGUCAGCCACUUCCUUAACUGCUUCCUGAGCUCCUUCCCCGAGGCUGUGGCUCACCUUCCGGCGGACGAGCUGGUGUCGCGCCGAAAGAACCGCAGGCGCCGAAACCGGGUCCCGGGUGGCGGCGAUAACACAGCGUGGGCGAGCCUGACGCCCGGCGAGCUGUGGAAGAACAUCGUGUCGGAAGCCAAGACGUACUACCACUUCGACCUGCAGUGCGAGAGUGUGGACCAGGCUGUGGAGGAGUACAAGCUGCAGAAGAUAACCCUGCUGAGGGAGAUUUCCAUCAAAACGGGCAUCCAGGUCCUGAUGAAGGAGUACAACUUCGAUAGUCGCCACAAGCCGGCCUUCAUGGAGGAGGACAUCCUGAACAUCUUCCCCGUCGUCAAGCAUGUCAACCCCAAAGCUUCUGAUGCCUUCCACUUCUUCCAGAGCGGUCAGGCUAAGGUGCAGCAGGGGUUCCUGAAGGAGGGCUGUGAGCUGAUCAACGAAGCUCUGAACCUCUUCAACAACGUCUACGGAGCCAUGCACGUGGAGAUAUGUGCCUGCCUGCGUCUCCUGGCGCGCCUCAACUACAUCAUGGGCGACCACCCUGAGGCUCUCAGUAACCAGCAGAAGGCUGUUCUGAUGAGUGAACGGGUGCUGGGUAUUGAGCACCCUAACAGCAUACAGGAAUACAUGCACCUGGCCCUGUACUGCUUCGCCAACGGGCAGCUGUCCACCGCCCUGAGACUGCUGUACCGUGCCCGCUACCUAAUGCUGCUGGUGUGUGGGGAAGACCACCCAGAGAUGGCGCUGUUGGACAGCAACAUCGGCCUGGUCUUGCAUGGUGUCAUGGAAUAUGAUCUGUCCCUCCGGUUUUUGGAGAAUGCCCUUCUGAUAAAUACCAAAUACCAUGGGCCCCGGUCCCUGAAAGUGGCCCUCAGCCAUCACCUGGUGGCACGUGUCUAUGAGAGCAAGGCGGAGUUCCGCUCGGCGCUGCAGCACGAGAAAGAGGGCUACACCAUUUACAAGAACCAGGUGGGUGAGGCCCAUGAGAAGACGAAGGAGAGCUCGGAGUACCUGAAAACCCUAACGCAGCAGGCGGUGGCGCUGCAGAGGACUAUGAAUGAGAUCUACAAAAACGGCUCCAGUGCCAGUAUCAUGCCCCUCAAAUUCACAGCCCCAACCAUGGCCAGUGUCCUGGAGCAGCUUAACGUCAUCAACGGCAUCAUUUUCAUUCCUCUCAGCCAGAAAGACCUGGAGAAUCUGAAGGCUGAAGUGCAGCGUCGGCAGCAGCUGCAGGAGUCGGGCAGGAGCGAGGAGCAGCCAGACGGGCCUCUGGAGAUGCAGGACAAGCUGGCAGUCGAUUAACACAGUGCCCCAUUUUGUCCGAGGCCUUUUUCCAUCCAUUGGAACUUGUGGACCUGAGAAUCAACCUGUCAAGAAGGGUGGG